AAUUGUAGUAAUAUUAGACGAAGAGGAGACAUGGAAGCUGCUGCUGCUGACCUUCUUCCUGAAAGGUUGCAAAGACGAGGUCGAGAACUUCAGCUUGAGCGUCAGCGCCAGAAGCAAGAAAGAGAGCAAGAGGAUAAUAGAAAAGCUGUCAACUACUUCUUAGAUCAAUUUGCUAAAAGUCAUCUUGCAAUUGAAAAUGAUAUAAGUAAGCUGGCCAGUGGAAUGAUAGAAAAUUCCCUUAUCCCUUCUACAAUUAACAAAAUCAGCAAGGACAUUCAAACACUUCAGAAGUAUUUCUCUGCAUCAACUAUGAUUUUAUGUUUGCAUGAUGUUCGUGUGUCACAAGAACGCAUUCAGGUUCUGCAGCAAAAUUUACAAGAGCUUGAGGAAAAACUUAUCCCCAAAAAGAAAUUUGGAUUUAAGACCAGAAAGCCUCAGAUCAAAGAGCCUAUUCAAGUUCAUGUUGCAGAUGAAACUGACUGCAGCAAAGCUUUGCAAAAGAUCUUGGUUGAAAGUGACUUUGGUAUUAAAAAUAAGGAAAAUGAAAUUCUUGUUAUGAGAGCAAAUUCUAUUUCUGAGAAAGAUGUAGCACUGUCUAAUUUAGUAAGAUGCACUGUGAAAUUAAUGGGAUCUCCUGGCACUCUUCACAUUUCCAACAUUAAUGAUUGCACUAUUUUGUCAGGACCUGUAGUCAGGUCAGUUUUUAUUGAAAACUGUAAAAAUUGCAAAUUUGUUCUGCCUUGCCAGCAGCUGAGAGUUCACCUUAGCCAAGAAUGUGACUUUUAUUUGCAUGUAACAAGUAGAGCCAUUAUUGAAGAUAGUACAUCAAUCAGGGUUGCUCCAUAUAACUGGAAUUAUGAAGGAUUUGAUGAUGAUUUUGAAUCUUUGUGUUGGGAUCGUAAAAAGAAUCAUUGGGACUCUAUUGAUGACUUUAACUGGCUGGCUAGUGAUAAACCAUCUCCAAAUUGGAGUAUAUUGCCUGAAAUCGAUCGAUUGACUUGGAGUUGACCGAACUUGGGAUUGACUGAUGCUUUGUAAAUAAAAUUGACCUUUAACAACUGUAA